AUGGCCCCCCCCUCGCAGCUUACCGUCGCGACCCUUGCAGUUACUCGUCUGCUGAAGGAGGAAAUCUCAUAUGAGAAAGAACUCAUUCAACAGAAAGCCAAGGUCGCCACGCUGGAGAACGAGAUCAAGGAGGGCAAGCCUGACGAGGACGGCAACCGUGAGUACAUGCUCAAGCAGUUGAAACUUGCAGUUGAGGAGACUGAGAAGGUGUUCCCUGCUUUGCGCACUCGGGUUGAAGACGCGACCAUUAAGCUGGAGGAGCAAAUCGCCCUGGCUGAGAGCAGUGGCGUAUCAGCUGAUGAGCUGGCUACGGCCAAGGAAGCACUGGCUAAGGGCAAGGAGGAAAAGACCUACACUGUCUCAAUUCCCUCGGCUUAG